AUGAGAAAAAGAAGAAAUAGAAUGCCAACGGCAUCAGUUCAAAUAAAGUCAGCAACCAUAGCCCUGGCAACAGCAAAUGCAGUCGCAAAUGCAGUGACAACAUCUCAGACCAUGUCAGCAGCUCCAGUAAAUACAACCUGCGAACCAUUGAGAAUAACUCACAUUAAACCAUCAUUCAAUAAUCAUGAAUUAGCUUUAGCUGCUAGACAAGAUCUAUGGCAUAAAUUUAUAAUAUUUGACGUCGGCGGGUUCAGUAUGGAAACUAUUCUGGACUCUAUUUUAUCAGCAUGUCAACCAGAGGUUAUUCUGCCAGUCCAGUACCAAGUUGAUGAUUCCAACAAAGCGACUUUUCUUGCUAAAUGUACUAUCGCUGCUAUAGAUACGUUUGUGAAACAAGGACUGAUGAUAAGACUGCCUGAGGAUCAUAUUUUAAAGAUGGACAUAGUCUUAGGUUUUAUAAACAUGCAGGAUUUACAAAUAAACUUACACCGUAUUAUUGCUGAUGUUUUAAAUUCGCGGUGGGACGGCGCCAAAAAAAUCCUCAAUCUCGAGGACUUUCAUCAUGACAAACAGCUUGGGCCACUUUACUGUCCAUUAUCAUCAUCUGGAGUUUUUAUCCUGGUAUUAAAGUGUUGCAAAAUGCGUGUGGGAAAUACGCGGGACAAUAAAUUACCGAUACGUGAAUUAAAUUUACGUAAUAAUCGAUUAUUUGGUAUACUGUUGUAUGAAAAAUUGUUUGGAUUCAAUCUAACUAAGCUGGAUUUGAGGCAUAAUAAAAUUUCAAACAUUGACUACUUGCGUUAUUUUUCUGAAUUCAAAGUGACAGAACUGUGGCUUGAUGGUAAUCCAUUUUGCGAACAGUUCAAUAAACCGGAAGAUUAUAUCGAAGCUGUUAAAUAUGUGUUUCCAAACCUACAGAAACUUGAUGGUGUUAUAAUUGACGUUAAACGCCAGCAUGUGCCUCUUAGCCAAAAGUAUUAUUUGGCUGACGGAUCACGAAUGAAUCUUGUGCGUCAAUUUGUCCAGCAUUAUUUUACUCUAUUCGAUCAAAAAGAUCGGACCGAUUUGAAUGGACUCUACGAGUCUAAUGCAUUUUUCUCAGCGACAUUUGGAGAUAUCGCUAAUCCACGUCACAGACAAUUGACUAAAAUACUUAAUAUUAAUAGAAAUUUAUUGAAAGUUGUUGAUUACUCGAGAUGUUACAAGUAUUUGUUGAAUGGAGCUGGUGAAAUAAUUGAUUCUUUAAGAAAGUUACCGCCUACGUUUCAUAAUUACAAGACUUUUUCAAUUGAUAUUCUUCAUCAGGGUAAUAAACACCUGGCAAUUAACAUCCAGGGACCAUUUUUCUACCGUGAGUUUCCAAUAUCGCUCUUCUUUAGUCGCACAUUUAUUAUCGUCGAGAAAGAAGACCGGGAAUUUAGAAUAGUCAAUGACCAGUAUCACAUACGGAGUGGGAAUGCCACGAUGAUUGAGAAUAGUAAUGCAAGUGCUGCAUUGGAUGUUGUGCCCGACUUCACUCCCACUUACUUGGGCGAGGGCGAGAAAAAUGAUCUAGUCAAAUUCUUGUCAAAUGUCAGUACGAUGAAAAUGAAUUUUUGUCGGGAGUUUCUCGAACAAUCUGACUGGAAUUUGCGCGACGCUAUCAGUAAAUUCAUGAAAUCUUAUUCAGUAAAUGACAUACCGCCACAAGCUUUUGAAUCAAAGUACUAAUCUAAAAAUCAUUGUAAUCAAUUGAUAAUAAUAAUAGUUUUUUUUUAAAUACAAUAUACAUGUAAAUAUAAAUUCUUAUUUAAAUAAACAAACAAAUGAA